GCCGCAACCCCAGCCUCACCGCCGCUUGGAAAGAAGCGGCGGCUGCGUGAGGCGGGAGUGCGAGCCCGGCGGCCGCUAAGCCCCCGGCCCCUCCAGGUCAUCGCCAUCAGUUGGGGGUCGCGGGGUCUGCGGUCACCCUCGGUUCCAGGCACCGCACCGGGCAAGCGGCAACAUCGCGUCAAUGGCCACCACGGCGGCUCCGUCAUCUUUGGCCCUCAGGGCCUCGAGCCCGGUCGCGACCCCCAGCCCGUACGGGGUCUUCUGCAAGGGGCUUUCCCGCACCCUGCUCGCCUUCUUCGAGCUGGCCUGGCAGCUGCGCAUGAACUUCCCGUAUUUCUACAUCGCGGGCUCCGUCGUUCUCAACAUCCGCUUGCAGGUACAUUUUUAGAGCCCUGGGGAUGCCGCCGGCGUUCCGGGCCUGCAUUAUGGCCGACUCCCAGGAGGCGUCGCGGCGCCGUGGCUCUUGGAGCGAGGAGUCCCGCUGUCUCGCGAGAGUGCUUCGUCUCCCUCCGCCUCUGCGUUCUCGCCUCUCCGCCGUCUGCUCUCCUCCGAUCCCCUGAACUGGCACCGAGACCGCCUGAGUGUAGGAAGAGGAAAUAUGCGAUUCCGGGAACCGAGAACUUCAGUUAAGACGCACGACAAUAUUUAAGAAGCUGUGCAUCCUUAAAAACGAGACGAACAGGAUGUAUUAUAACAAGGGAAGGCAAUCAAAACUUUCAGGACAGAAAUGUACAAGCUCAUGGUCCGUGUUCAUAAAUAGUAAAUUUCGGGAAGAUAAGACUGGAUUAUAAACAGAAUGAGUCAGAAGUUGAAGAUCUUAAGGAUAUGCAGUGGAAGGCAAACAUCUCUUCAUUCUACAAGAGAAAACUAUGACGAUCAGAAACUUUAAGUGAAAAAAAAAGUCGUAAGAGGAACACAUCCUUCAGAUAACCAAACAGUGUAAAAUACUGCAGGGUUUUGACCAGGGGUUGGAGUGUAAGAAGGUGGACUCAAUUUCAGUGUCGCUCUAAUUAGCAUGUGGUUCAGAAUCUUGGAGCCAAAGAAAAGGAAAUCCAAUCAUAGCACAAAGCUUGGUGGUUUAUUGAAUAACGUUUAAAUAAUCAUAAUGUAAAUGCUGUUUAUGGUUUUCAUCUUUUUAAGAGAAUGCAUGCUUGCGAUUACAGAGUUGAGUGCCAAUAUUAUCAGCCUUGAUGGCGUAAAAGUGCAAUUUACAAGGUAGGAUGGCAGGGCGGGUGCCUGGAAAAGUAAUGGUGUCUUUUAAUGUGGGAAGUUGACAGAGUCUGUUGUCGAUGGGGGAAGAGGUCAUUUUAUUUUACUUAAAGAGUAAUGAUAAAGUUGCUAAAAUAUAACCAUAUAAUAUAAGAAGGGAGAACAGCAUGAGGUCAACAAGAAAUGCCUAAAGGUGAUAGUUAAGGUGGAAUGUCUCAGAAAGGAAAACGGAUACAUUAUCAUGUGUUUAUAAAUAUAGGGUCAAGAGGUUUUUAGGUUCUAGAGAGUCUGGAGACGAAUUAGUGGUCUGCAUAUUUUUUUCUAAUUCAGGAAGCAAAAUUGAGGCAGUUAUGAGCCGCAGGAAAAAUACGUUUUCAGAAAUUACACUGCAUUAACUCAACUGUGAAUAAUGUUAGUCAUCAUAUAAAGUCAGGCAUAUUUAUGUAAACACUGAAUACAAAUAAUAACAAAUUAUUAGGUAACUCUAGAAGAAUUGGAAAGAAGUGUAUAUGUAAUGGAGAAUACAUCAAGAUCUGAUACAGAAAUGUCGGUUUUAAAAAAAGCAGUAUAACUUGUCACUUAGAAGUACAGUAACAAAUAGCUGAAGAGUUAAAAUUGGUAGUCUGGUGAACGAAAAUCAGGGAUGGGCAGAGAAAAAGUGGAGAAUUGCUGUUUUUUACUACUGGUCUAACAGUAACUUUUUUUCUUAACCCUGUGUGUAUGUGUAUAUCAGACAAACCUGUUAAAAUACAAACUAAUUUUGUGGUCCAGAUGAACCCAACAGUCUGCCUAAAUCUCUGUUUUUUCAAACCUAUUAAAUGAGAGUAAUGGAUAGAUCAGAUUGAGAGUUAAAAAUAAGCCUGCCUUAGAGCUUGAUAUAUACACAAUAAAAGUAUUUGUUUUUAUAGAAUAUCUCAUUAACUUGUGAAUAAACCUUAAAACUCUGGAGUGCUUGUUUUACCAGUGGAAGGUUUUAGUACUGAAAGAUAUUUGUAGAUUACUGACAGUAAGGGUAGAGGGAAGCCCUUCCAGAAAGAUAUUAGGUGAGACAUUUGAGCAGAAAGGGACAGUUAUUCGUCAAGGUAAAGAUUGAAACUAAUGUUCUGUAUUCCACAUUUCACUAACUGUGUCCAACAAACGAGUGUACCCUAGAGUUGUAAAAUAAGUGCCUCCUUCAGCAACA